UGGCUUGCAGAGUGACUGAGCUGCUUGAUCACGUGUUGAUUACAUGUCACAUGUCCGCGUUUGGUCUCGAUGACCUCACCUGAGUAGGUGAUAAGGCAGCCUCGCCUUCACUUUCAGUUCCUCGUACCGUGUCUGUAGACUGAUGAUCUUCAUCCAUAUUCAUCGAAGAAAGUCUGUACUUGCCUUCUCCAUGCUUGUGUUGUUUUUUUUUGUGUCUUUCGGUGUCGGAUCACCCAUGCUCCGCUGGCGUGGUGACCUGGCAGCAAGUUUAUAUCGUCACCCGUCCAAGCUACAUUCAACCUGUUGUACCCCAAAACUCACAAAUGAUUAUUGUCCAUCGUCACUCCUGAGAACCGAUACACAAGCUUCAUGCUUCAAUUUAAAAAAGUGAAUUCAUAAAGCUGCAUCGGCUAGUAUGCAGCACACGAUUAUAAACAAACGC